AUGGCAAACGUCAAUCAUAAUAAUGGCAACAAUUUAUUUGCAUUACAUAACAAUGUUGGACAACCACCUCUAGAUGGAACGCCUCAUAAUUUACAAGAAAUGACAAACUAUUUGCGUCGAGAUCCAGAUGCACAAGCAGAAGAUCGAGUAGAUCAUCCAACUGAUGAAACUGCUACGUCUUCAAGAGCAGUGAUGGUUGCCGGUGAUGGCAGGUGA